AUGGCCAAGGCUUUUAACUAUAGGGGAACAAGGAAGGGAAGCCUUGGAAUUCUUAGGUUUAUAGUGGGAAAGCUUCAGACAAGUCUUUUGUCCAAAGGAGUGAAACAAGGCCAUUUUGUUGUAAUUGCCACUGAAGGUUGGAAGCCAAAGAGGUUUGUUAUUGAACUUGGUUAUCUCAAUAAUCCUGAGUUCUUGAAGUUGCUAAAGCAAGCCGAAGAAGAGUUCGGGUUUUCGCAUGAGGGAGCUCUCGCCAUUCCUUGUAGACCGGAUGACUUGCAAAGAAUCCUGGAAAUGAGAAAGCUCUGAAAGAGUGUUGUUUUACUACUUGCUAGCUAGCUAGACUAAUAAGGAAGAGAAGAUGUAACGUUAAAGAGCAUUGCAAGAAUGAAAAGUACUGCAU